ACGUAUUAUAGCCAACAAAUAUAUUAACGCAAACUAAAUUUAAAAAAAAUCGCAACAAAACUUUGCUCCAAAAAGUAACAAUAAUAAUUAAAAGCAAAAAACAAGAGAAUCGGGCGUAGGCGUUUAAUAAAAAAAUAUUUUUUAAACAAUAAUUAAAUGGUUUAAAAAAUUAAAUCUUAAAAAAUAUUUACUUUUUAUUCUAACCACAUAAAGCGUUCAUAAUUAAAUUAAAAUUAAUAGUAAAACAAAAACAACAAAUACGAAAAUCGUUCUUAACCUAAUUUCUGUUGUUUGAAAAUUUAUGUAUGUGUGUCCACAUGUGGCUUUAAUGGUUUUGUGGUCUUUGCGGUCGUAGUGGUAACGGUCAAUUUACGUACAAUUUCUCCAUUUAUGAUUUUUGUUCGCUUUGCUGUAUUUUUUUAUUUUGUGUUUUUAACGUGAGUGUAAAAGGUGCAAAUAAUUACAGUCAUGAUUAUGUUUUCCAUUAAAAAAAUGCAUUAAAUAAAAUUUUAUUUUAAGCACCAUCAUAAAAUAAAAUUAACAACAAAAAUACAGCAGCAAACCGUCUUUAUUACACUUAUUACGAACGUAUUUUACGUUUUUGGUUUUGCUGUUAAUGACAUCAAAUUUAAUGUUUUUAAAAUAUUUAAUAAAGACUUGUGUUAAUUAAUUAUGGUGUCAAAUUCAAUUUGGACUAUGUGUUUUUAAGAGUGAAAUUCGUUACAUUUUAUAUGGAACUUAUUUUCAAUUUCAUUUAAAAAUAUAUUAUUAAUCACAAUGUGGAAUUCGAGGAAUGUAAUAAUUCAAGUAGCAGUAGUUGUUCUAUUGUUUACCAUCAUACCGGAUUUCAUAUUGGCCUUACGUAAUGUCAGUGUGACCAUACCGUUGGCUGUUAAACGUGGUGAUAAUGCGAUUUUAAUCUGUAAUUACGACAUUGAAAAUGACACACUGUAUACGGUUAAAUGGUAUCGAGGACGUCGUGAAUUUUAUCGUUACACGCCAAAAGAGAAUCCAGCAUGGAAAAUAUUUCCAUCAACAAAUGGUUUAAACGUGGAUACCACUCAAUCAAAUGCUAGUCAUGUUUUUUUACGCAACGUUUCCACAGCGAUAACAGGCCGUUUUGCCUGUGAGGUAUCGGCAGAUGCUCCGUCAUUCCAUACGUCUGUUAUGUCGGGAGAAAUGGAUGUAAUUGAACUUCCUACUCAACGACCAAUAAUAACUGGAAUUCAUUCACGCUAUCGUUUGGGUGAUGUUAUAAAUGGUAAUUGCUCAUCCGAUUAUUCAAAACCAGCAGCAAAUUUAACAUGGUGGAUUAAUGACAUACAGGUUCCUCCAAAUUAUUUGCGUACGUAUGAAAUACAAAAACAUGUCGAAGAACAGUUAGAAACUUCAGUAUUAGAAAUUAAUUUUAUAGUAACACUACAACAUUUUAUAAAAGGUAGAUUAAAGCUCAAAUGUUCUGCACGAAUACAUCGAAUUUAUCAUGCUGAAACUGAAAAAUACAUAGAAGAGGACAGACCACGAAUUUUGGCUUCCGGCCGAUCUCCAGAAACAUUUCCUUACGAUCACAAUGAUGAGUUUGACGAUGAAAAUGGAUUAUACUUGACGCAUUAUAAAAAUUAUCAAUCUUCUGCCCAAUCGACUUUAAUAAAUCUUAAUAGUAUUACAAGAUUUAUGUAUAUGAUACUACCAAUGAUAAGUAGCUUAUUUUUUAUAAUAUUUAACAAAAAUAUAUUGAAUCCUUUGAGACUUGUACUACGACAACAACAACAAAGAGAACAUCAGCCACAGCAACAAUAUACAACGAGUAUUUUACAAAACCAUAAAACAAAACCUCGACAACAGAGACAAAAUCAGAAUCCGAUUCAAAAUGAGAAUAAGAAACAUAAGCAGCAGCAACAACAGAAAGAACAAAAGCACCGGUAUUGCCACAUCAAUUGCCUCAACCAUAAUAAUUACAAAAAGGAUGAUGAUGACGAUAAGAACAAUGAUAAUGAUUACAAUAAUAAUAAUAAUGAUGAUGGUGGUGGUAAAAUAAAAACAAAAACAUUAAGAAAAUUACCGUGUAGAAGGAAUAAAAAAGAAAUCCAAAAUUCACACUCCUAUAAAUGCCAAAGACAUGUUUUAAUUGCUGCGAACACAAAUACGGAUUCGGCUACAAAUGGAAUUAAUACCAACGAUAUGAGGCACGUAUUACGGUGAUAAGUUAAUUUACACAAUUAUUACAAAUAAUAUUAUUAAAUAAAUGUGUAAUAAGUAAAUAAAAUAAAACGAGCGACAACGACAGCUACAGCGACAGCAAGUGCUAUUCUCAGAGAAAUCUAGAUGAAGUGACACAACCAACAUAUACACACAAAGUAUAAUGAACAAAAAUCAUUAAACAUCCAAAUACUGUUUGUGAUUGCAAUUUGUAUAUGUGUGUAUAGUAUAAGAAGGACGAAAGUAAAACUAUUUAAUACACCAACAUACACAUACUCCUACUCUGGAGUUAAGUAAAUAAGCUGAGCUACAAUUUGAAUAAGUCGUUUUUUUCCAAAUGUAUGUAUAUGAAUGUAUGUAUGUGUUUUUUAUAUUGUUUUUAUUGUAACUGUACGUAUAUUUAAUAUUCGUAAAUACUUCUACAUAAAGCCAAAAUAAAACAAAAAAGUAAUAAACAAAAACUACAAGCAUUUAAUAAAUUAUAAUAAAUUAACGAAUUAAUUAAUUAACUACGAGUAAGAAGAGAUGAAUAUGAAAAUAAGAGAGAAAAGAAAAUAAAAUGGAAUUAAUUAUUAAUAAUACAUAUUUGUGCAAUAUGAGUAUUUAUUUAAUUACAAAAGAUUAAGAAAUAAAUAACAGAAGGAAUUUCAAUUGAAAUAUAUAAAAGACUAUUUACAGUAUAUAGUUGUACUUGUAAAUCUAUGGAGGUAAAUGGUAUGAUGUGUAAUUUGAAACAUACUUUAAGGCAAUUCACUGGAAUAACCGCUAAAACUUUUUAAUUAAUUUGUAUAGUAAAAAUAUUAUUAAAAAUGUAUGUACAUAUGUGCGUGCUGCAGGGUACAAUUAAGAAAAGAGUGAGUACGUAUUGUAAUCAAUCAAUUCGAUUUGCAAUAUUAUUUUAAAUUGUAAUUGCAAUUUAAGUAUGAAAUUGUUGAACUCGUUUUGAUGUUAUACACAGCCAUUUAUAAAUAACUCCAUUAUCACUUUGUGUUGUGUUUUUGUAAAUAUCUAUAAAAUUUAAGUUAAUAAUAUGUUUAAGUAUUAAUAAGCUACAAGCUGUUUGAAUAAUUUAAAAAAUCCCUCCCUCCCAUUCUACAGUUAGGGAUGGAAAAAUUGCUCAUUAAAAUGCAUUUAACAUAUUUUUUACAAUUAAGUUACAAUUUGUGAAAACAUUGUAAAUCAUAUACAAAAGUCAUUAAAUUAUAAUAAA